CAAUUCCAAAAAACUGACUUUGAUUCUACGGUUUCGAAUUGAUUCUACUUUUUUUUUAAGAACAAGAAUAAGAAUCUACCCCAACUUCCGUCCUUUGUCUGAUUCAAAAGAGUACAGCUGUUUUACGGAUCCAAACUUUUCUUAUUCCUGUUUUACAAGACCAAACUCCCCAAUUCUGCCUUGCUACGUAUCAUACGCUCGCUGUGGCAGCGAUUUCCGCCCACUUUGGUGCGUCCCUGCUUUGAACGGAAGAAGUAAAUAUGGAUAACAAGGCCGGAGCUUCGAGUUCGGAAAUAGAAGUGACCUGGGGCGACCAACAGAAAAUUAACCAAUUCAGCAGACUAAACACUCGUUUCCAUGAGCUGGAAGAUGAAAUCAAAGUUGCUAAGGAAAAAAAUGAAAAUCUCGAAGAUGCGAGCAACGAGUUGAUUCUCACUGAUGAGGAGGUAGUGCGUUUUCAGAUAGGAGAGGUUUUUGCGCAUGUAGCGAAGGAAGAAGUUGAGAGCAAGAUAGAGGACAUGAAAGUGGUUACUAGUAAGAGUCUGGAGAAACUAUUGGAAGAGAAGGAGGCGAUGGUUGCCCAGAUGGCCGGGUUGAAAAAGGAACUGUAUGCGAAAUUCAAGGAUUCCAUCAAUCUUGAAGAGGAUUGAUGAAGUGACAUAGUUACUAAUAUUGCACUUCGUUUUGCCCUCCACAAAUUUACAUGUCAUUCG